UUCGAUUUAAUAGGGUUUGGUGAAUGAUACACACGAAAAGUGAAAGCUCCUAAUAAGUAUCGUAAAAGAUUAGCUCUACGCAUGCGUGUAGGUAAAAGAAGACUUCAAUUCAUCUGACAGUUCUGUGGACGGGGUGUCUGAAUUUUGAUGCAUUUUGAAGAAUCUGAAAAUAACAUCCCAGACCAUCAUGAGAUCCAAGUCGAUCGCUAGAAAACUUCCUCACGAUGCUGGUGAUUGUGACGAAGCCUUUGAGCCGUUGGUCAACCAUUCAAUUACAGAACCUGAUGCUGAGGAACCAGUCAACUUCUCUCGAGCCGAUUCGCCAGCUGACCGCUCAUCAGAUGAUGCUGACCAUCCCCCUGUGUACAUACCAGAGGACAUUCCCAUACCAAAACAGUUUGAGCUGAAAGAAUCAAAAAAGUUUGAAGGUCUUGGUGUCUGGGCUAAAGUUGACAUCCCUCCUGGGCAGAAGUUUGGACCAUUCACUGGAAUCUUGAAGAACAGCCUAGAAAACACAUCCUGUGCAUGGGAGAUUGUUGAUGAAGAACACAACGUGAAGGGAUGGAUUGACGCUAGUGAACCCGGAACUGGAAACUGGAUGAAGUACAUACGAAGUACGGAGGAUUGUGAAUCUCGUAAUCUCAUGGCCAUACAAAUCGACAAACAGGUGUACUACAGGACAGUGAGAACUGUUCAGUCCUCUGAGGAAAUGUUACUGUAUACGAGUGAUGCUUUGUACCCGGAGAAGGACAUUGACCACCAUACUUCUCUGGCCGCCUUCCACGCCAAACUUGACCAAGGAGAUCUUAACUACAAAUGUUCCGACUGUGAGGAAGUGUUCAGCAGUUUGGUGACUCUGAAGCAUCACCAGGCCCUGUCCUGUCCCAAGCCAAAUCUGCAAAUGCACGAAACCAAUUCAGACCAGUACAGCCGGUCAGAGGAUGAAAGCACAAGUCUACAUGACGGAGAUGAUCUUGCAGAACACGAUUCGAUGGACGGAGAAUUUAAAUGUGAAGAAUGUCCUCGUAGCUUCCAGUGGAGGUCUAACCUAAUUCGUCACCAGAUAUCCCAUGAUUCCGGGAAACGUUACAACUGUGAAAACUGCGAUAAAAUCUUCACGGACCCAAGCAACCUUCAGCGCCACAUCCGGGCCCAGCAUGUUGGAGCACGCUGUCAUGCUUGCACAGAUUGCGGGAAAACAUUUGCGACAUCAAGCGGUCUGAAACAGCACCAGCACAUCCACAGUAGCGUAAAGCCGUUUCAGUGCGAAGUGUGUUUAAAGGCCUAUACACAAUUCUCCAACCUCUGUCGCCACAAGAGGAUGCACGCCGAUUGCCGUCAACAGAUCAAAUGUAAAGACUGUGGCCAGGCAUUCUCAACUGUCACCUCGCUAAGCAAGCACAAGCGAUUCUGUGAGGGAGCUCUCCGCAACGGCAUGCACAUGCCUUUCUCUGCCGACAAGAUUUCACCAAUGAGCUUGCACAAUGCCGGAAAUCCAGCUGGUACUCUAAACCCUGCCUUGUUAAUGGGGAUGUACCGCCAUCCAUACCCAUUUUACCCUCCACUCGGAGCUUCUUAUCCAGUGUUCCCCGGAUCUCAUCUUCCUUUCGGAUCCCUGAACUCGCCAAUGUCACCAUCGAACCCUUCUAAACUUGGCCACGCCACAAGUCCUGAGGGUAAAGCUUUUAUCCCAAGAGUUUCACCAAGGCCUCUAUCAUCCGAGCCAGAAAUGGUGAAAGAAGAGAGAUUCCGAAAAAACUCUGUUGGGUCCGAGCCAAGUGACUCUCCCCUGAGUUCGUCAAGUGAACAUGAUGGUAGUUCAGCUUCCGAUGCCGAGAGUGAAAGUAGUGUACGACGUCAUCGGAAACCAGUCUUAAUGGAAUCCCCAAGACCUGUUGGCUUUCUUCCAUCUAAAUUUCAAUCAGAACCUGUCUCCCAGGCGAUGUCUCCGAGGUCAACAUCCACCAGGAGCCCUGUCCUGGAGAAGUCCCAUGAUGAACAGGACACGCCAUUUGAUCUUUCAAAAUCGAGCAAGUCUGCCGUGUCCUCACCUGACUUGUCCUCGCAACUUAAGGAGAAGUCAUCAGAGGCACCAGGUGAACAACCACUGGACCUCACACAGAAGGUUCCCAAAGAGAUCAGCCCCAUCGACACGAGAAAAACACACAUUUUUGGAGAAAUGAAGUCGCCAGUGAUGUUUUCAGAGUCGUCAUCAAAGCUUCACUAUGCAUACCCACAAUUCCCCAACCAGCUUUUGUAUGAACAGACAAUGCGCAUGGACAAGGAAAAACUUAGCCAGUGCCUGCAAGAAAACGCUAGGUACAUGCCAUAUGCCAGAUUCCCAAUUACAAGUUCUCCCUUUGUAAACUCUCAUAUCAGUCCAUUUGGAAUGAAACCAGAAAACAUGGACAAAACGUUGUCUCCCGUACUUAAAAUGGACAAAUUUCCAGAGCAAUUUUCAUAUCCUGCCAACAAACUUAAGGAACGUUACUCCUGUAAGUUCUGCGGGAAGGUUUUUCCAAGAUCGGCCAAUUUGACCCGUCAUCUGAGAACCCACACGGGUGAACAGCCAUACAAGUGUAAAUACUGCGAACGAUCCUUCAGUAUUUCCUCCAAUCUCCAGCGACAUGUGAGGAAUAUUCACAACAAAGAAAAGCCAUUCAAAUGUCCACUGUGCGAUCGCUGCUUUGGUCAGCAGACAAAUCUUGACCGCCAUCUUAAGAAGCACGAAUCCGAAGGCCCCAACGUGAUAGACUCCCCAAUCAACGAACCCGACCUUGACGAGAAAGACGAAUCUUACUUCUCCGAGAUUCGUAACUUCAUCGGAAAGGCAACCGAUUCAGGACUGUCACAUGGGAUUUUGAAUGGUGAAAUCCAGCAGCAUCCGCUUCUCGACCAUCAGAUGGAUCGUACCGACAAACUUGACAUGGCCGAGGAGGAUUCGGACAUGGAGGCAGAUAUGGAAGAAACGGACGAGCCUCAUAUGAAGAAAAUCUGUCUCGAUCAACAAAUCUUAUCAAAUAACAAUGAGGAAGGGAAGACAACUCCUACCCACAAUGGUUUUUACAACAGUGUUGUUUUACCAGAACGCGAGUUUGUUAACCGUACGCCAACCCCAACUCAACUGGCUUGUUCAUCGUGAGAGAGUGAUCAAAAAUGAAAAGACAUUUUCAUCUAUUUAUAGACAGAACAAACUGUCAUUUGUCAGCAUACCGUCUCUGCAUUUAAAUAUCAUCGUAAUUUAUUUUUUGAAGUUGGCAGUUAAAAUAUUUGCACUAGUCAUGAUAAUUUAUGAGAUUUCUUCUGUGGCUUUUCACCAUAAAGAUGUUCUAAUUAUUAUUAAUUGCAUCGGAUCAUGACAACAUGAUUUCAAUGAUUCCCAAAGAUUACAAAAACAUUACUAUCUGGAGACCAAGCAUUCUCAAGAUGAAUAUUUUUUUCAAAUAAUGGACCAAAGAUUAAAAAUGUCAUUCCAUCAGAGUGUAUUUUAUAAAGUCGAAUUCCUAAUUUGGAAAUGUUAUUAUUGUAAGUUGUCUUUAGGGCAGUUUGAAAAGAUAAAUCUUCGUUUGAACAACAUUCGAUAUACAUUCCUGUAUUUUGUUGAAUUUAGCAGAACUUGAUAUAUUUUUUUUAAUUUUGUGGUUAAAAGAUGAAAAAUUUGUUAGAUUAUGUUGUUAUUUCAAAUCUUAAUUCCAUUCCUGGAUAUUGUGAAUCUGAAAAGUUGGUAGAAAUUUGUUUUAAGAAGAGUAUUGUUAAGAAUUAUUUUCCAAUGAUUAUUUUCUUAUUUCUCGUUGACCAAGAUUUGGGGAGUAAAAUUUCCACAAAAUGGUGUUGUUACCUCCCAUUUUGUUACUCUCCGAUACCACAUGUCUAAGGUAAGCCCCAGAGCAUCAUAUUUUACCUGUAAAAAGCCCAGGAGGUUUAGUCCUGAAUAAAAACUUGGGGACAUGAAGACAUUGACUUCUCCUCAAGUUUGUUAUUUUUCAAAAGUUUUUACAUGAACCUCACCAUUUAUAUCUGUUUUACAGGAGGGUGGGCUUAUUACUGAGCGUGGGCUUAUUACAGAUACAAUGGCUUAACAAGAUUCCCCGAUGUCUACCCUUUAAGGUUGAGUGACGGCUCGUAAACAAAUUUAGAUAUACAUUUGUAAAUAUCUCCUGAACGCUGCCAUAUGUUUCCUAAAACACCUGUGAUUGAUAAUUUUCCUGCCAUGUGUAUAAACCACUGUUAAUUUAUAUGUAUAUAAAUGAACUUGUUGCUUCUGUUUCCUUCUCAAGUACAAACGAGGGACCAAAUUGAAUAUGAAAUAUGUAUAGAAAAUUGUCAUAUAUAUAUUUGUAUAUAUUACACUGUCUUGGUGUAUAGCCACAAGCUGUGCCACAAACAGCUAGCUUUGUUUUCCUCCACGUGUUUUUUUUUAAACAAUUUUGUAAUUGAACACACAGGUUUUGUGUUGUUUUUUUCAAAGCCACCCCAUCAGAAGGUCAUUAUGUUUUCUGGUAUAAAAGGAACACUUCAAGAUGUUUGUUGCAUUUUUUUGUCGGUUUCCUUUGAUCUAGGGGUAUAUUAUUAAGUGCUGUUGUCUUUGUGUUUAUGUAGAUUUUUCAUUUUAGAUUCAAUUUGCUAUGGUGCUUUUUUUCAGAAAUAGAUUUUUUUGCAUGUCUUAUUUUGGCUUAUAUGGUAAUUUUGUUAAUAUUUUUUAAUUUUAACGAAAUUAAAAAAACAAAAUGAGUAACUCUGAACUUCAAAACAAAAUUA